CGCGAUUUCCCCCAUAGCACCCGCUUCGGGAUCCCAACCAAGCAAACCACCCAAAGAGAAGAAAAAAAAGAAGAAGAAGAAAAAAAAAACACCGCACACCAACAGAGUCAAUUCAACAUGGGUGCGUCGGCUUCAAAGGCCGCACAAAACACAACUCGGAAGUUUCCGAGCAGGGCCAGCAACUUUGCCGCGCCCUCGUCAACCCCGAGCCCGAGACCACCACCCGCGCCGAGGCAAAAUCCCACAUCCAAACGAGGGCCGUCGGUAAAGGACGAAGCAAUCCGUCUCGACGCCAUGGACCCCUCCCCACCGAUCAACAACCCAGCCUUUGCCGACCGCCUGCGCCAGAUCGGCGCCGUGCAGCCAAACCCGACUCUGUCGCACUCGUCCACCUUUGCGCAAGCCGGCGGCGGCGCGCCCACGGCGUACAGCAACCGCACCGCUCACCCCUCCAUCGCGCAAAACACGACGCUGUCGGCGCUGGCGGCGCGACACAGGAUCCAGGAGCAGGCGGAUCGCGAGUUUGCAGACUUGGGCAAGAGCGGGUUCGAGGGCCGGCAGCUGCUCGAUGCCGCCAUGAUCCGUGACGUCUUGGUCAUGAGGUCGCGAGGCGUCGCGCCGGAACGCAUCGAGGAGAGGUUGAGGCUAAAGCCCGGUGUGGUCCGCCGCUUGGGUCCGCCGGGCGUCGUGGCGGCUCUGGGGGUUGCGGGGGCUAGCUGAGUGGGCAGGCAAAUGCGAAAGAGAAGCGCCUGGCCUUUUGCUUUGCCAUUCAUGUUUUCGAGAUCUAAUUUUUUUGUAAUACCACUGUACGAUAUCCAUUACGCCAUGGAAAAACUAUUGAGAAAGUUGAGGUUUUGUUUUCUGCUCACUGCCAAUGUAUAAAGAUAUACGUCAAGUUCUAGAAAUAAACACCGAAUGCGGCAUCUCGGGACGGUGACAAAGCAAAAGGAAAUAUAUAGAUAACCCCAAAUAUAAGCACGACCAACGCCAAACCGGCUGACUAUCCAAAAGAGACCCCGCUUCCUUACAAGACCAAGCACUCUCUACUCUACUCUCUCUCUCUCUCUCUCUCUCUCUCUCUCUCUCUCUUACCAGGCGGCGUGGCCACCGUCUAUUCUGAGGUCGCUGCCGGUCAUGAAGCUG